AUCACCAGGGGUCUCCCUUUGGGCUGAGUCCUUCAAAAUAAAGAGUCCGCAAUUUCACAAGGGCAUGAGUAAGAUAAUAACACACUCUGAGGGACUUUUUUAAAUGAAAAUGAUUUGAAAACCGCCAAGACAGAGGUUUAUCUAAAAAUGGAGGAAGUUGGAGCACAAACUUCGAAUUGUGAGAAACAUGCUGACACAGUUGCAAUGCUUUCAUUUACAUUUUUAAACAUACAUGAGGUAGACAAUACUCUUAAAAGACCUAAAGUCACAUUCAAGCCAACCCAAGCUCUCUGCGCUUAUGUUAAAAACACCUGUGCACAAAAUGAUGAAAGCGAUCCAACUCAUCAGACGGGUCGGGUCCGGCCCCUCUAUCCCUGGUGCACCUAGUCCGGUAAUAAAUCCCAUCCAGAUUACAGUUUGCACCCUAGUGCCAGACAGAACACACUCACAUACCUGACAUAAGGCCUCCAGCUGCAUAAUACAUUUAGAUUUUUAGAAAAGUCUAGAGAGUCAGAGCCAGAAAAACACCUUGAAUCUACAGUACUGGGAGUACUAAGCCAAGCUGUACAUAGUGUGCGAUUGAAAGUCUUCCGAUAGGUCUUACAAUGGAUGGGACAUAUUAAUGGGAAGAGAAAUUUGCGAGUUCUAUUUAAAUAAGUAACGGUGAUGGUGGGAACUGAAUGGAUUACGUGAGGCACGGCUGAUCACCGAUGGGAAACCUCUCUGGAAUUAGCCGAUUAGCGACAUGACCAGAGGAGCGGUCCCGCCAAGUGUCCCUACUUGCCCAAGAAAUCCUGCACUAAUCCACCACCCUCCCCCACCCUAGAGCAGGCAAUCCGACGGGAGACAUGUCCUGUAAUUAGAUCCACAGCCUGUUGCAUCCUAUGGACUCUGAAAGCCCUUUUCAUUGUUCUCCGUUGGUUUGUUUUUUUGGGGGGAAUAAUUCUCCCUCAGGUUCUCCAUGAAUCCGGAUAUCUUUUUUCGUGAUCUUUUCUCAUUGUGAGAACAGUUGGUGCGUUCGCUGACACCAUGCGUCCACUUCUCUACGUGCAUGUAUUCGCAUGCUGCCUCGGUAUAGCUCGUCCCUUCUGUCCAUCCCAGUGCACCUGUGUCUUCCAUGGACGCACCGAUGGAACAGGAACCAGAUCAGUGCUCUGCAAUGAUCCAGACAUGUCUGACGUCCCUGUCAACGUCCCUGUGGAUACAGUCAAACUCCGCAUUGAGAAAACCAUGGUGCGGCGAAUCCCAACGGAAGCUUUUUACUACCUGGUGGACCUCCGGUACCUGUGGAUUACUUACAACUCCAUCAGCUCGGUGGACUCUGCAAGUUUCUACAACCUCAAAGUGCUCCACGAGCUGAGGCUGGAUGGGAAUAUGAUCUCCGUCUUCCCUUGGGAGUCGCUGAAAGAGAUGCCCAGGCUGAAAACCCUGGAUCUACACAACAACAGAAUCACAAAUGUUCCCAACGAGGCAAUACCUUACCUCCUCAACAUCACCUACUUGGAUCUUUCCAGCAACAAAUUGACCACCCUGCCCUCGGAUCUCAUGGAUAUCUGGCCGCCCUUCAACGGAGCACCGAUGUCUCAUAAUGUCUCCCAGAAAAUUGUGUUAGGCCUCCAGGAUAACCCCUGGUUCUGUGACUGCAAAAUCUCCAAGCUGAUUGAGCUUUCCAAAAUGUCGGGCACACCUGUGGUUUUGAUGGACCAGUUCAUGGCCUGCACUGGACCGGAGAAUCUUGCCGGCGUACUUUUUCAGCGUGCUGAACUUGACAACUGUGUGAAGCCAUCAGUCAUGACUUCGGCUACCAAGAUCACGUCUCCUUUAGGCAGCAAUGUCCUCUUGCGCUGUGAUGCCACUGGGUUUCCAACGCCAACUCUUUAUUGGCAAAAAUCUGAUGGUUCUCUGGUCAACAACACAGUCCAGGAAUCACCUGAAGAGGGCGUCAGAUGGUCCAUCAUGAGCUUGCAUGGAAUAUUACACAAAGACGCCGGAAACUACAGUUGCAAAGCAAAGAAUGUUGCUGGAAACGCAGAAGCCGCCAUUUCAAUCUCGGUCGCGGGUGCCCUCAGCUCCACCAUCCUUCCACCGGGGCCCACCGUCCAACCAGAAUCGACCAGCCAAGGGCCGACGUUCACCCCCUCAACAGACACCCCCAACUCGCUGGCCGCCACUUCAACAGUUCUCCCAAGAACGUUGACAGCCGUGGUCACCAAGAAGCCCAAAACCACAGCCAGCACCAGUUUACGGAAAGGCUCGUUGAAACAAGCAAGGGGCCAGCAGGGAGCCGGUGAGCGAAAGCUCGCAGCAGACGAAAAGAGCAAGAAAGGCGAUGCAACAAAGUCCGUCAAAGACCUUAAGAUUGUGGAGGAAACCGUUGACACUGCGGUGUUGCUGUGGAGAGCGGAUGGGUUACCGAAUGAUGCCCCGCUGACGGUGGUGUACUCUCCCUAUGAUGAGGACGACAGCAAAAGGACGUUAGAGACCAAUGCUGGCAGUGGAAAAGAGCUCCUUGAGGGACUUUCAUCGGGGAUACGGUACUCGGUUUGCCUCGUCGCAAAGGUCAGUGCUGCUGGAAAAGAUCCCUGCGUUGACUUCUACACGUUGGACAAUGUAGAGGAGGGCGGGCAGAGCCGGCUUUUCAAUAUCAUUAGCGGCAUUGCUUGUGCUUUGGUUUUGUCUCUCAUUGCGCUGUUGCUCUAUAAGAUUAUCCACCUGUACUGCAAGGGAAGCGGCACAGCUCUGGACGAAGAGGAGCUUGAAAAAGACAGCUAUGUCAAGUUUGAGACCAUUUCAAUGAAGGAAAGGACGUUGAACUCUCAUCCAACUGAGUUUUGGGCGAGAAGAGCAACUACUGAAUCAGAGCGAAUGCUCCUGUGCUCCAGGUCAAGUAUUGACUCUCAGAUGACCUAUAAGAGUGACAGUUCCCGCUGUGAGUAUCUCUGCUGACGCCAGGAAUCCAUGGCCACUGGCACACCAUGCUAGUAAGUCGUUUUAAUACAUAUGCUUUAUAUGCCUUUAACGACACCCUAAAGGACCCCAAUGGGACGCAGUUGGGGUAAAGUCAGCACAAACCGUCGACUACAAGGCACUCGUCAAGGCACUGUGCAAAAAGUGAUAUAAUAUUGUGUGUCGGCUACAACUUUUCCUUUUGAAAAUGCUCCAAACACAACUUCAAAAAGCCCUGAAAGACAUCUGAAAACAUCCUCUGCAAAUUCGAACCUGCUUAAUCGGCCAAUCACAGCCUGAAAUGAAGAUUUCACCCCAUGACGUGAGGCCUGUACUAAAGCCUCUCUGGUUGUUCUGCUUCAGUCUAUCAAAGUAAAACCUUCAGCAAAUACUGUUCACACAUUGUGCUAUGACUUAGAUAAGUGUAUCUCCAUGUUGUAUAGGAACGGAGACCUGUAAAUUAUUUCUUUUAUUUUUCUGUGUGCCAUCUUCAUUUAAUAUUUUUUUCUUAACCAGUGACAUAUACUGAUAUUACACAUCACAACACUCUCCUGGCAAGAAGAGUAAAUAAGAAAAUUAAAAGUAGUUCCAGAGAAAUAACCAUUUUGUUCAGUUUUUAGCCCCAAAACAACCUCAUCGUUUAUGAAAUCAUUUAUACAUCUUUAAACAAAUCUAUUAGUUUCCCACAGUGGGGCUGCGAAGGAAUAAUUUUCUGUAUUGAACAGCACUAUUGAUCUGUAAUCAAUAUAAAAUUAGGUCAGUCUAAAAGACAUUCCCUUAUUAAUUACGGAGCCUUAUAUUCGAUUAGGACACAAUACAGAACUGCAUCCGUGCAACAGUCUGUCCCCCAGCUGUGUGUGGCCUUUCAUGCUGUACUCUAUGCCAAAGUUUAAGUGUCAGAUAGGAAUAUCACAUUAUCUAUUUCCCCUCACAUUUACAACAAUAAUGUUACUUUAGGAAAUCAAGCUGAUUGUUGCCUUAAUGGACAAAAAGGAUAUUCUGUGUGUUUUAUAGAAUAUGUGUUUCGUGUGAUGAACAUGGCCAGUUUAUAUGACUUUAUGUACACAUUUGUCUAUAAAUGAAGUUGUGGAUUUGUUUUGA